AUGCACAUAUUGCUUGAGAGGAUGCAAGUUCAGGCGGCAGUGGUGGACGGUAGUUGUAAUCCCCAACAUCAUAGGGAAAAUUCUGGAUCAUCAAAGAGGGACAAAGCAAUGAUGGUAGAGUUCAAGGGACAAGAGGACACGUCAAUUAUCUUCUUCGAACACAUUGUAAAAGGUGUUUUUCCUCCGUUUGAUCCUAUUUCUGACAGUAAAAGUGUUGAUUUGUUUGAACUUGAGGCCUCACCCCACCAACAUGAGAGUCCUUUGGCUGCUGAAAGCAUCAAUUCUUCACCACUCCUUAUUGGUCAAGAUGAUCAUUCAUUAAGUGUUGUUCCCUGGGAGCCAUCAAAAUUUGAAGGUUCUUAUGGAAGUUUCAGUUUCAGAGGCCUUUGGGGAGUUGGCUUUAAUCCUUCAAGACAAGCUUGUUACUCUACAUGA